AUGGCAGUGAUAGUGCACUGCCGAUCUAAAUACAUCGACCUAGCGGCUCGGACGGUGGCGGCCGAUUCCGAUUACAGCUGGGGUUUCCGGCCGAAUGAUCAUUAUCCAGGGAAUACCUUUGCGUGCCACCUGGGGUUCCAAGACAAGCGUCUCGAUUUCACGACAGCCGUCAGGGAUGGAGAUCAGUACGAAGUGCUUGAUGAUGGAGUUUAUGGGACUCGCGCUGAGGGGAAGCAACGACUCCAGGAGUGGAAGAGCUAG